AUCCGCGUACCGGGGCGGGGCGAGUGGGGAGCGCUGUCCAAUCGCGUGCCGCGGCGGCAGGCAGCUGCGAUUGGGACAGCGCCGGGCAUGGCUGCGCCCUGGGAGGACGUGCUGCGGGACAGAGCGGCCAUCCAGGAGGCCGCGGCCGUGGCCGUGGACGCGGCGCUGCUGCAGGGCGUGUUGAUGCGGACCGAGGGGCAGCCCAACGCCUCCGAUGUGGUGAAUUUUGCUCCCUUCACGCUGCUCCCAUCUCCAGUACCCCGUGCUCUCUUUGAACAAGCAUAUGCUGUUCAGCAAGAUUUUAACAUGCUGGUGGAUGCUAUUAGUCAAAACAAGGAAUUUCUGGAGCAUACUCUGGCCAGCACCAUCAAGGUGGAUGACUUCACAGCUCAACUCUUCAGGAUCUACACACAAGUUCUGGAGGAAGGCUUGGCUCAGUCUGUGUUUUUAGGCAUAAAUCGCUCUGAUUACAUGUUUGACUCUGGGGUGGAUGGGUCACCAGCUCUGAAGCAGAUAGAAAUAAACACCAUUGCUGCCAGCUUUGGAGGCCUCACCUCCCGCACUGUGGCGGUCCAUGGGCAGGUAUUGAAAGUGCUGGGAAAGCCUCAGGAGGCAUCACGUCUGCUGCCCAACAACCCAUCCAGAGGCCUUGCCUUGGGUAUUGCCAAAGCCUGGGAGCUCUACGGCUCGCCAAGCGCUGUGGUGAUGUUUCUGGUGGAGGAAGUCCAGAGGAACAUUUUUGAUCAGAGAUGUGUAGAAAAUGAGCUUUGGAACAGGGAUAUCCGGGUCAUCAGGAAGCGCUUCAGGGAUGUGUUUGAGAAGGGCUCUCUGGAUGAGGCCAGGAGGCUGUAUAUGGAUGGGCAGGAGGUAGCUGUGGUGUACUACAGAGAGGGCUAUGUGCCAAGCAACUACAACGAGCAGAACUGGGAGGCUCGGCUGCUGCUGGAGAGGUCCCGGGCAGUGAAGUGCCCUGACAUUGCCACCCAGCUGGCGGGCACCAAGAAGGUGCAGCAGGAGCUGAGCCGCCCGGGGACUCUGGAGAGGCUGCUGCCCGGGCACGCUGAGGCAGUCUCGAGGAUCAGAGCAACCUUUGCUGGGCUCUACUCCCUGGACAUGGGUGCAGAGGGGGACAGGGCAGCUGCUAUGGCAAUCGCUGACCCCGACCGCUUCGUGCUGAAGCCACAGCGAGAAGGUGGAGGGAACAACCUCUAUGGUGAAGAACUCAGGCAGGUUCUGGAGAAGAUCAGAGACAGCCCUCAGAGAACCUCCUACAUCCUGAUGGAUAAGAUCAAGCCACGGCCAGCCAUGAAUUACCUGCUGCGGGCUCACAGCCCCCUGCAAGUGUCCGAGUGCAUCUCGGAGCUGGGGAUUUUCGGGGUCUAUGUCAGACAGGGCUCGGAGCUGGUGCUGAGCGAGGCCGCAGGGCACCUCCUGCGCACGAAGGCGGUGGAGCACGCGGAUGGGGGGGUGGCGGCGGGGGUGGCCGUGCUGGACACCCCCUACCUGGUGUGAGGAGGGGACCCCAUCCCGCUGCUGCCUCCAGAGCUGAGCUGCCCCGGGCUCUUCUUGGGGUGCGCUUGCCAAGGCCUGACCUGCUGGGGACGGUGAGGAGGGGCGGGGAGGACACAGCUGCUCGACCAGCCCCGUAGACCAGCCCCAGCUUCUCUGCAGGACACAGGGGCUCUGCUGCACAUGUCCCUGCCCCUGCACAUCCCACCCAUGGCCUUCCAGGGCAACACAGCUCUGGCUGCCCCUUGGGAGCCACAGCAGGCACUUGUGCUGCUCCUGGCUGUGUGCUCCGUGAUGCUGUUUCUGGAGACACAAACCCAAAGCGUGCCCUGUGCUGCACGAGGCAGGCAGCAGUGCAGGCUGCACCUGAGCCCCCCCAGUGAUGAUGAGGAAUUGGAGCCUUUAUCACUGUGCCUGUACACCCCAAAUCCCCAGUGCCUCCCACUGCAAGUCCCGCACUGAGCAGCUCCUGCCUGGGCUGCUGGAGCACUUACAGCCCAAAGGGGGGUCAAGGAGCCCCAGCCUCAGUGAAUGGCUCUGUAGGACUUGGGAGCUUUGUGCUGAGGAAGCAAAGGAACUGCAGGAGAGGCUGAGCGGUGCAGCCCUGCUGCUGAUGCUUCCCUCUGGGACCCGCACAGGGCACGAUGUGUCACCCUCCAGGUUUCAUGGGCUGGGAACAGCAGCAGUGCAGGGAUGUGGGCCCAGCCUCUCCUUCCCAAAGUCUUUCACUCUUCCUCCAGCCCCUCUUCCUCCUCAGCUGAACAGUUCGAGGGGAAGCAAUCACAAUGCCCCUUUCCAGCAGUGCCUUGGUUAAAGCAGCCUCAGCUCUGCCCUUGUGGUGACACCAGAGGAGCAGAUUAAAGCCACUACUCCUGAAGCCCGACUGUGCUGAGUGCCAGUGCAGUGCUGCUGCUGUCCCUGUGCACCUCAGUGGCCACUCCUGUCUGUGAGGAGGAGCGGUUCGACAUUCCUGGGGGUUGUGGCACUGGGGGGGUGAUUGCCCCCCGCCACACAUUAAAACAUGAUGUGCAAUCUGA